ACCUAAAGCGUAAAGCGUGACUUCAAUGUCCAAUGCCCGCUAAAAUUUAGAGUAACAUUGUAAUGUGAUUUAAAAGUUAAGUUGAUAUAGUACUUAUUCAGAAAUAAAGUAAAAAAAUGGAAGAAUUUCCGUUGGGAUACCGAGAGGUUGUGCCGGAUCAAACUGUACCAGAGAAAUGGAACGAAGUCAAGUUAAACACGGGUGGAAGUCAAAGUACUUUACAAGACAUAAAAGUUCCAGAAAGAGCUGGUGGUUAUUCAUACAAUGAUGGUUCAAAAUAUUUUACACGGAAUCGAUUUAUUUAUUGGCGUAUUUAUCAUGAUGUACUUGAGUUGGUUGAACACAGUCUAGAUAUUAAUUUGGCUAACUGUAGAGUAAGAUAUAAGUUUACAGAUACACCUAUUUUGGAUGGCAUUUCUAUACAUGAAACAGUUAAUUCAGUUAUUAUAUUGAUAACAACUGUUUCUAGUGUUCACAAGUUAUCAUUUCCUCAUCCUGAAAAAAUUCAUAAAAAUGAACAUUCAUUAAGUACAUAUAAAGACUUAGGUAUACAAUCAAUAUUUAGUGAAACAUCUGCACAAAAUAUGAAAAAAACAAAAGAAGAUCCUCAUAUGUUUCAUAUUAUUACGAAUGCUGGAACUACAAAUUCUCCAGUUCCUCAUGCAGCUGCAUCAUGGUUUAUUCCACCACAAGAAGCACUAUUUGCUCUUGCUUAUAAUUCUGGAACUAUACUUCUCUUAAGGCUAGACACUAAAACUGGUUUUGUGCAUACUAGUGAAUUAAAACAAGAUUCAAUAGUACCAAGAUUUCUUAGUGGUAUUGCAACUGCUUUCAGAGGUCGUAGUUCUGAAGCUUAUGUGGCUAUGUCAUUAACUAUACAUAGCUGUGAGAAUGAUACAUAUCUAUUUGCUUUAUGUCGUGAAGGAAAUAUUCGUAUGUGGUCUUGUAAUAAAGCUCAAUGUGUGGCAGUAUCUGAUAUAGCAAUAGAUAAUCGUGUAGCAUCGCAAGGUGCUCAAGGUCAUAUAUUAAGGAAAACAUUAGGUCCUAAUAAUGAAUUAUAUUUGGGAACUUUUCUAAAAUUUAGUUCUAGAUGUGAAUUUAGUAUUUUAAAGCCAAUUCAAGAUAAUGGCAUGUUUAAAUUUGUUAGAUUAUGUACCAAAUUUGCACAAGAUCAACAUUUAGUUGACUUUUUUUUUACUACUACUCGAUUGUGGGCUGUUUGGAGAACUACCGAUAUGGAUACAGUCGAAGUAACACAUGCUCAAUUAUCAUUGAGCGGUGCACGCGUUAAUUCCGAAUGGGAAGCAGCGAUCUUAGAACAAACACCGGAUAGAGACUAUAUUCUUAGCGAUACUGAUACUGAUCCGAGACAAGCAUAUAUUAAUUACAUUUUUUAUCCUGGUCAAUUUUCUUUAACGGAUAUAACAAAAGCAUUGACUAUAUAUCAAAGAUCUAAUUAUAUGGAAGAUAAAAUUCCUUCUGUUGCUGAAUUGAAAGAACGUGUAUGCAUUGCGGUAAAAGCUGAAAUACAGGCAGAAAUUAAGGAUUAUGAACUUAUAGAUGAAGAUUAUUUGGAAAUUGCAAAUCGUUGCUGGUCAAAAUUUUAUUCUUGGGUCAUACAGUAUCAUGCCAAUAGUUCGAGACCAGUAGGAUUAUUAUUAUUGCCAAGUGUUUAUGGUGUAGUUCUAUUAAAAAGAUCAUCCUUUUCACUUUUAAGACCAAUGGAAGCUUUGGAAUAUUUAAUGUUCUGUAAUGAAAAAUCGUACACAUCGCGAUUCAAGACAACACCAAUUUUAUCGCAAGAUGAAGAUAUAUGUCAAGAUCUCAUUACGUUAAUGUCAGCAUUAGUAUUAUUAGAAGAGCAGUUGUGUGAAGAAACUAAAACUGCGAUAAAGAGAGAGUUAUAUCAUUUGAAAAGUCCAGACAUAAUUAUCGAUGAUUUAUUGUCAAAAUUAAUGUUAGAAUCAGAAGAACCAAUUAGUAAUUUCAUUACACAUCAUCCGAGUUGUCACAAAUUGUCAAAUGUUAGAGAUAUAUCCAGUGCUAUGGCAAUGUUACUAGAAACAUUGACAUAUGACCUUGGACAACCAAAUAAGUUACAACUUAAUGAAGAUCAUGAUGCCUCAAAACUAUUACUAAAUAUAAAUCAUUUUUUUAGUAGUCAUUUGGGUAUCUCAGCAAUAUCAAAAAGUGUAGCACAAAUAACCCAAUUGAGGUUUGCAAUUUGCAGAAAUUUAUUACUUUUGCAACAGAUGAUACUGCUACGACCUGAAUUGUUUGAUUCACGAUCGUUACAUUCCAUAAAAUCAUCGCUAGCACCCAGGACAGUAGUAUUAAUGCAAGCUUAUUAUGUUGUAACAUGGAUAUGUGAAUCCACAGCACUAGCAAUGCCUGUACAGUCAUUAUUAGAUUCUAGUGUGCAGCGUCUAGCAUUACUAAAGCUUGUUGAUUCGAGAGCAAAUAUAGGAUUUAAACAUCAUCGAUCUUUAUCAUUAUUAGAAUUAUUUAUACAAAAUUGUGGUGCAAAACAUGCUCAUAAUUUGAUAGCUCAUACAAAUUUAGAUGCAACUACUUUAAUUCCUUGGCAUUAUGGCAUGUUAACGCAUAUUACAUUUAUCGCACAACUCAUAUGGCCAAGGUCGGGAAAUUUUAUUUUCCCUGAAUGGCUACUAUCGAGUUGCCAGUUUCUAUUGGUUCAAGAAUAUGUAAGACUUCUGAAUACUUGGUGUGAAUGGAACAGUGCAUCGAGGAAAUUUAUAUUGGCGGUUGCACUACUUGAAAUGGGAGAAGCACAAAAAGCUUGCGAUCAUUUUCUCCGAGCCUCUGGAGGAAUUUUGACGGAUGAAUUUUUAGCUGAUGCUUUACUCGAAUCCAGCGUAUUAUUCGAAAAUAGUUCAUUAAUUCAGUAUUACUUAAAAGUUAUCAAAUUAUUCGAAGAACAUAAUGCUUCCGAUUGUAUCAUAGAACUCGCUGAAACGGCUAUAUUAAUGGCUGAUAAAGACGAUCCUAAUUUGCCAACUCUUCAUUCAAUAGUAUUUAUGCAACAUUUGAAUCUGGGUCAUCAUACCAAAGCUUAUAACUGCUUAAAUUCAAAUCCAGAUGCUGCUCGUAGAGUAGAUUGUUUGAGACAAUUAGUAGUAACUCUAUUUGAACGAAAAAAAUUAAUAGAUUUAAUUUCAUUUCCAUAUGUUGAUAUGUACGAAGACUUAGAAAGAAUAGUAGAAGGUAGAGCCAGAAGUGUGGAUCUCAUGGAAAAUAAUUACUAUAAUUUCUUAUAUAGCUUUCAUAUAAACAAAGGAAACAUGCGAAAAGCUGCAUCCGUAAUGUACGAGCAAGCUAUGCGUUUGAGCCAAGAAUCACAGUCUGUUGCAAUAGUAUCAAAACAAGCUCAGUGUUUAUUAACAUGUAUUAAUGCAUUACACCUUGUUUCUGAAAAGUAUAGAUGGAUAGUUAGGCCUGUAAUUGAUCAGAAUUAUUUAGAAGAAAUGGAUUAUGAAGUUUUACAGACAAGAAGAAGUGUUAGUAAUGAAGAUCUUCUGCAUUAUAAAAUAAAAAAACAAGUAGAGGUUCUCGAAUUGAACGAUAUAAAAAAAGAAUACUAUAUAGUAGAUGCAAGGUUGAAAGUAUCGAAGAUAAAUUCGGAAUUACAUAUUGUUUCACACGCGGGACCUUCGGAACUUGUUAUUAUUUUACCAACUAUUGGAUUAUAUACAACAGCGUUGCAUUUGUGUGAUGAAUUUAAAAUUAAUAAAAGUUCUGUACUUGAAAGUUUAACUUCGCAAUGUAUACGGUUAAGUCGGGGCGGAGAUCCAAAUGCAUGGGAUUGGCUUAUUCAGAAUGAUAUAUUCGAUAUUGGCCUGUCUAAUACAAAUAUUACAAAUACUGUUUGGAGAUUGUUAGAAUAUUUGACAUUAAAGCAUGAGAAAGAUAGGUGCAGUGCAUUGCAUAAAGCAGUAGCACGAAAAUUACUUCAAGAAGGAGCCUUCAUACCUCAGUGGUUAUUAAUGUCUUAUAAGAAACGAAAUGCUGCAGAACUUCUUCGCCUUAUGUUAAAUACUGGUAGAAUAUUAGAAGCUAGCGACUUAGGAAUUGAAUACAUUAAUGCUGUGUUGGGAAAUGGUAAAGAAAAUUUUGGUCUUAAAACACAUUUAACAUCUGUGACCCCAGCAGUCUGGUUACCACUUAAUACUUUAGAAGUAUUAUUAUAUGAAUUAAAAGAAGUCAGUGAUAAUCCUACCUUCUCUGAGAGUUAUCAGAAAUUACAAGAAGCAUUAAAUGGAUAUGAACAAAAACUAAUAAGGGUAUCAAGGGACAUGAUUGAAAUGAAAUUGAGUAACAAAAAUCGCUAGUAAUAAAUCAAUGAGGCUUUGUGUGUCUACAGAUUGCAC